AAAAACGCUCUCUACCCUCGAAGGGCAGUGCAAAGAUAUCGGCUCUAUUACCUUGUACACUGUGCAGCUCUUCGCCGUCUCAACAGCCGACGGAGAAUUUGCCGGUUAAGGGAAAGGUCAUAUUCCUCACGAGCUUUCAGUUUCACGCUCAGCUUCACGCGUCAAGCGAAAACAGCGUUCGCUCGGUGAGAUUACAUCGGCAGUCGUUCAGACAAAAAAAAAAACAACAACAACAGAAGAUGAGCGGAAAGGAGGAGAACUACUCUUAUGAACACAUUGAGAGCAUUGCCAAUUUUCUACUGAGCAAGACAAAGCAUCGCCCGGCCAUUGGUAUCAUUUGCGGCUCUGGACUGGGAUCUCUGGCUGAUCUGCUUCAAGAGAGCGAGCACUUUCAAUACAAAGACAUCCCAGACUUUCCAGUCAGCACAGUUGUUGGCCAUAGCGGAAAGCUGGUUUUUGGAAAAUUGGAAGGCAAAACAGUAGUAUGCAUGCAAGGGAGGUUCCAUGCAUACGAAGGAUACCCUCUAUGGAAGUGCGCAAUGCCAGUGCGCUUGAUGAAGUUAAUCGGCGUGUCAACCUUGAUUGUGACCAACGCUGCUGGCGGCGUGAAUCCGAAAUUCAAGGCCGGAGACAUCAUGAUAAUCAAGGAUCACAUCAACUUUCCUGGUCUUGCUGGCGACAACCCCCUCAGAGGCAAGAACGAUGAGAGGUGGGGAACGCGAUUCCCAGCGAUGAGUAACGCCUACGAUCCCAAACUUCGUCAGCUUGCUCGAAAGAUCGCAACGGAGGAGCUGGGCAUGGGAAGCUUCAUCCACGAAGGCGUCUACACGAUGCUCGGUGGACCAAACUUUGAAUCUGUAGCCGAGGUCAACAUGCUGCGGGUGCUCGGAGCUGACGCCACUGGAAUGAGCACAGCCCACGAAGUGAUUGUCGCAAGGCAUUGUGGAAUGAGAGUAUUCGGUCUCUCACUCAUAAGCAACGAAUGCGUUGCUUGCUAUGAUGGAUGUGAGCUGGCCAACCACGAGGAAGUUCUCGCUGUCGGCAAGGCUCGUUGCAAGGACAUGGAAAGGCUGGUCAAGACAAUGAUCAACAGGAUGGAUGUCUAACGAAGGAACAGUUGUAGAUGACGUCAUGUGAAUUGUAAUGCUCACUUCAGGAGCAGAAAGUUUUCUAUUGUAUACUUUUUCAAGUAAAUUGUACGAGCAACA